AAUAAUGGCUGUCCAUCCUCAUCGUCUGGUGUUAAUGUUUCACAUCAUUCUCUUACUCUGGCAAAUCAAAGCAUCACAAAAUUUAUGUCCAAAUAGCUGUGGCAAUGUCAAACUAUCAUACCCUUUCGGAAUCGGUGAAGGCUGCUACUUGGAUAAGUGGUUUGAAGUAACUUGCGACAGCUCUUCUGGCUCUCCAAGAGCUUUCCUAAACAGCGUCCAUCUAGAAUUAAACGAAACUGGCCAUCCUUAUUCUUCUCUUAUCGUCAACUUCCCCCGCAAUUCAAGCAUCAACCUGUCUGCAAGCCCGUUUUCCUUUUCGAAUACAGACAAUGUAUUCACUGCCAUUGGUUGCGAAAACUACCUCAAUCUCAGUCAGAAAGAUUCAAUCCUGAGUCGCUGCCACUCUUUUUGUACUUGGGAUCCUACGCAAAAUGAUGGCUGCGGUGAUUUCCUAUGCAACCUUACUCGAAACCGUAAGGUUGACAAUUUAAACAUAUCAGAAAUUUAUUCUGAAAGUUUUCCCAGGGAAUGCAGUUCUGCCUUCGUAGUUCAUAAAGCUUGGCUUGAGUCAAACUACCUAAAAAAUCCUUAUGUUUUGAAAGAUAAAGAAGUCGUUCCAGCUAUUCUGGAAUGGGGAAAAUAUGGAGGUUAUUGUGUGGACCUAUAUAAGUCAAACACAACAAAAUGCAACAAAGAUGAUUACUGCGUCAUAAAACUAAACUCAGACUGUUCUUGUCUUUGCGACAAUAAAAAAUCUGACAGCUAUAUAGGAUGUAAAGGCCGCUUGCUUUGUGUUUCGAAGAACGAUAGCUAUCGCCCCGAAUGUCCUUAUGAUUAUGAACCUUAUCAAAGUGAAGAUGGAGAAACAUGGUGCAUUCCUUCACGAAGUUCUGAUGAUAUAUUUAUUAAAAAAACUCCAGUCAAAUAUAUAUUUGGCAUAGGUUUCAGUGCUGGGCUUGGAAUGGUCUUACUUAUCAUUGUAACAUGGUGGUUGUACAAGUUCAUACAAAAACGGAAAGCAAUCAAACUGAAGCAGAAGUUAUUUACAAGAAAUGGUGGGAACGUUGAGAAAACAAAAUUGUUUACCUCGAAGGAAUUGGAAAAAGCCACAAACAAUUAUCAUGCCAAUCGAGUUCUUGGUGAAGGUGGUCAAGGCACUGUGUAUAAAGGGAUGUCAGAAGGAAGAAUUAUAGCUAUUAAGAAGUCCAAGAUAGUGGAUGAAAGUAAAAUUGAAGAAUUCAUUAAUGAGGUUAUAUUACUAUCACAGAUUAGUCACAGAAAUAUAGUUCAACUAGUAGGGUGUUGCUUGGAGACAGAAGUGCCUCUUUUAGUCUAUGAGUUCGUUUCUAAUGGAAAUCUCUUUCAACAUUUACAUGACCAAAAUGAGGAGUUUCCAUUCACAUGGGAACUACGAUUACGGGUUGCUUUUGAAGUUUCAAGUGUGUUAACCUAUUUGCAUUCAACUGCUUCUAUACCUAUAUAUCAUCGAGAUAUUAAGUCCACAAACAUACUUUUGGAUGAAAAAUUUCAAGUAAAAUUGUCGGAUUUUGGAACUUCAAGAUCUAUUGCAGUUGAUCAAACUCAUUUGACCACUCAAGUAAAAGGAACCUUUGGGUAUCUUGAUCCAGAAUAUUUCUGGUCAAGUCAGUUUACUGAGAAAAGUGAUGUUUAUAGUUUUGGAGUAGUUCUUGCCGAACUUUUAACUGGACAAAAGCCAAUUCGUUCAACUGAUAUUGAGGAAGAUAGAAGUCUUUCUGCAUAUUUUCUACGUGCCAUGAAAGAGAAUCGUCUAUUUGAAAUUCUUGAUGCUCGAGUUAUGAAAGAAGGUAAAAAAGAAGAGAUCGCAACAAUUGCCAAUCUUACAAGAAAAUGUUUGGACUUAAAUGGGAAAAAUAGGCCUACAAUGCGAGAGGUAGCAAUCGAAUUGGGUGGGAUCAGAGCUUCAAGAUGCGCUUCAAGAAUGCACCAUAUCAAUAUUGAAGAGACUAAUUUUGUUCAUGGUGAUUUAACUCCUUCCUUUGAGAAUAGUUAAUCCUUUACUAGAUAGUUUAUUGAUGCUAUCACUUUCUCAAUAGACGUGUACCAUUUCAUUUCACAUAAUAAAGGAUUUACGAAGUUUUCAUUCUUGUAAAAUUAUGAGACUUUUCUUUAUAUUU